AUGAAGUCUGCCAACUCGCCCCUGCAGGAAGACCGCAAUGUGGCUGAGUAUCGUUGUGAGCUCCAUGAGACUGUGAAAAGAAAACUUGACAGUGCUGCUUCCCCUCAGAAUGGAGACCAGCAGAACGGCUACGGCGAUGUAUUUUCUGUGUCCAAGAAGCUGCGUCGUGACGAUGCUCUUGGCGGGGUGAGUGGUUCUUCCAAUGGAAUGCCCCCUGUGUCUCCACUCCAUCAUCUCGACAAGAAAUCUGGUGGUGGAGAUACUUUACAGCUCAAUGGAAAACAUCCUAUGGGGCUAGAUGGCAUCAGCAAGAAGUGUCUUCCAGAUUCCAGCCUGCAGAUGAAUGGAGGUGGUGAUGCUGAUGACUCAUUUCCUCUCAGUUUGAACAAAGAGCUGAAGCAGGAGCCUGUAGAUGACCUUCCAUGUAUGAUUGCUGGAGCAGGGGGUUCUAUAUCUCAGAAUAACUUGAUGCCUGACCUUAAUCUUAAUGAGCAAGAAUGGAAGGAACUUAUUGAGGAACUUAAUAGAUCAGUGCCCGAUGAAGACAUGAAGGAUCUCUUUAAUGAAGACUUUGAAGAGAAAAAAGAUGCAGAUUCUUCAAAUUCAGCUGCACAGACUCCAUUGCCACAAGAUAUUAACAUAAAGACUGAGUUUUCCCCAGCACCCUUUGAGCAGGAACAGAUGGGAUCUCCCCAGGUGAGAUCCACUUCAUCAGGUCAAGCAUUUAUUGGUGCUGCUUCUGUACCUGUAAGUGCCGCUUCUCCAGCGGUUGGUAGUUCUCAGGCUCUGUUUCAGCCUUCUAGUCAGUCAAUGACUGAAAAUCCUAAUCAGUCCAUGAUGCAGGCAUCAAACCACUCUCAGAACGUCCAGAGGCCUCUCCCCAAUGUGUUGUUACCUGGGAAGGGCACAGGAGGUGCCAAAGAAAUGUCUUCUGCUCAUCAACUUCAGCAGAUUGCUGCCAAGCAGAAGAGAGACCAGAUGUUGCAGAACCAGCAGCAAGCUUCACAAGUCCACCCAACGAAUCAGAUGUCUACGUGGCAACAGUCUGGGCCUUCUCAUAGUCCACUGGCAGUCCCAUAUACCAUGGAAAAUCCCACCAGCCCAUCGGUUUACCAACCAGACUUCAACAAUCAGAAACUCAUGAUGCCUAAUUUGGGAAAUAAAAGCUCACCGAGAGCUGGAGGCAAUUACCACGUGAACAUUUUGGGUCAUCAGCAAAACAGCUUGAACCAGAACCCUGUGAAUAGCCAAGGCUCUAUGCUAGACUAUGGGAACACCAAACCUCUUUCACAUUACAAAGCAGAAUGUGAACAGGGAGUUACAGUACCCGGUCAGAACAAGACUCCCAUGUUGGCAUACAUACAGCAGCGGCAGCAGGCACCGCUCUCUCACGUCAGCGAUGAGCAAAAUGGGAUGAUCCUGUUGAAACCCAAGUCUGGAAACAUUGCCUACCGAUUACCACACAGCCAGGAUCAGAACCCUUCUGCUAACGUUCCUCGUGUUCCUGUUUCUGUCCCGGGCCCUGGCGUGAGUGCCCAGGCUCCCAAUGUCACCAUGGCAGGUAACCACAGCAACCCACCUUAUCUCAGCAAUCAGCAGCAAGCAGCAGUCAUGAAGCAACACCAAAUGCUGAUGGACCAGCAGAAGCAGAGGGAGCAGCAACAAAAGCACUUGCUCAUGGAGCAACAGAAGCAGCAAUUCCUCAUGGAGCAGAGACAGCAACAUCUUCUGGCAGAGCAG